CUGCACACUCACUUCCUCCAAGAGACGAGAAGUAAGAGAAAGACAGAAGACAGGAGGCACAGAAAGAAAGAAGGAAGCCAUCUUGGUUAAAGGAAGAAGAAGGUCGUCUGUGCACGAGCAGGAAGAUCCACCCGUGAGGGACGGAGGCUGAGACACUGUCUCAGGUUUGACGUCAGCUGGACAGAAGAGCGUCUUUCAGGAGGACAGGAGGACAGGAGGACGCAGGAUGAGCUCAGACAGAGUCCCCUCCAAGUCGGAGGUGAUGGGGUGGAGCCCACAGCAACUGGCAGAAUUCAUGAAGAGGAUGAAUCUGUCCGGAUGUGACAAAACUGUGAUGAAGAAUUCAAUCAACGGAUCCAGGUUUGUGAAUCUGAGCAGUAACGACCUGCAGAAGUUUCCUAAACUCCACGCUCCGAUGAUCGCCAAGAUCAGCAGUGAAAUCAGCAGGAAGGAGGAGAAACGAGGUUUAUUCCCUAAGAAGGCGACGCCCAAAUACAAGGAACCAGAGACCCCUGCUGAGGUUCAGGGCUGGGGUGAAGACGAGUUUGACGAUGAAGAGUUCGACGAUGACUACGAGAGUCCGAACAGCGGCGGCCAUGACAGCAGCAGUGACGACUACGAGUCUCCAAACGAUGACGUGGACGGAGCCAAUGACUACGAGCCGCCUCCCUCCGAGCCACCGGAGGGCCUGGCUCACAAGCUGUGCCCCACCCUGCCCAUCGCAGACGGGGACUACAUCGAUAAAAGGGAUACCCACAUGUCGUCCAAAGGCCCGCCCCCUGCAGUAUGUGCCCGCCCCCCCGUCUCCUCGCUCGCUGCUCCGUCUCCUCGGACGCCGGGAGAGUCCUCCUCUAGAAGAGACGCCUCCCCCCACUGUGGAGGACGACCUUCAGGAAAAUUUCCUCCGGCGCCUCCGCAGAUCUUUCGUGCCUCCAAACCGGGAAGAGAGUCGAGGGACAACUUCUCCCCCAUCAGAGGACCUCCCUCCACGGACAGGCCGAGCGCACCGUCCUGGAAGCCUCAGGCGAACGCCCAGGAUCCUCCUCCCUGGUCCAAACAUCCCGGUCUUCCUCCCCCCCCCUCCUCCUCCUCCUCCCCUGUCAGCAGGUCAAACUCCUCCCCCCGGCCGCCUCCCACCAGGUUUGAUCCAAGAAGAGAUCAAACUCAAGAUGAAGCUCCGAAACACAACACCUUCCCCCUUCACAGUAAGAGCCUGCCCCCCCGCCCUGGACUCCCUGCUCCCCCCUCCCGUCCCGGAGAAAGUACGCCCCCUGGUGUUCACUCAGCAAGCUCUCUGCCUAACCAACUGCACCCAGCAAAGGACAAACACAGAGGCAGCUUCGUUGGAUCGUUUCAUCCUCCACCAUCACACACACAGGAGCUGGACCCCAGCUGGUACGUGGGUAGAGUGACCAGAGGUCAGGCAGAGGGAAGUCUGAGACAAGUCAGAAGGGACGGAGCGUACCUGGUGAGGGACAGCACCCGGCAGAUGGACAACCAGCCCUUCACCCUGAUGGUCUUCUACCAGGACAAGGUCUACAACAUCCAGAUUCGACAGCACAACCAGAGCUUCCAGCUGGGGACCGGACUCAAAGUGCAGGAGUCUUUUCCAUCAGUGAGAGACAUCAUCGCUCAUUACUCUCAGUCUCCUCUGCUCCUCAUCAACGCCAAGAACCGAAGCGCCAGUCAACAGAACCAGUGCCUCCUGUCGGACCCGGCCGGGGGCUACCUGACAGGACAGACCGGGUCCUGACCGGGUCCUGACCAGGUCCUGACAGGACAGACCGGGUCCUGACCGGGUCCUGACCGGGUUGGACUAACCAGCAAAGAGGAUCAAUGUCCCCGUCAGACGUUACUGACGUUGUGCUAAAUUUCAGAAGUAGAAGUUUUGUUUUCCUUCUGAUUAUUGAGAAACCAAAGUGUAGUUUUAUUUUGAAACUUCCUGUUAGAAAUGAAUCCUGAGUCAGUCUCAGCUGUCAAUCAUGUCGUCUCCGCCUUUUUUCACAUCAUCUAAUAACUGAUUCAAACCAAACUGAUCAGAAACACUUGAACAAACUAUUAUUUAUCUUCUAAUUGGAUUUUUCUGUUUUGUCCAUGCCCCCCCGUGCUUUCAUGGAGGAUUUGUUAUUUUCUAUACGGCAGCCGGCCACCAGGGGGCAAGAAAGAUGCUUUGGCUUUCCUUUACUGAGCUGUCAUGUCAUCCAUCUUUAUUUUUGUCAGUGACAUGAAUGUGUCAACUGGUUUGUCUUCAAUAAACUCAAAACAUUGUCCUUUAA